UUUCCUCUUGUCUUUCAGCGAGCUAUGGCCAGCCUGUCCAACUACGCCGUACGUAUGGCGCGUCUCAGUGCACGUAUCUUUGGGGAUGUGGCGCGUCCUACGGACAACAAGUCCAUGAAGGUGGUCCAGCUGUUCAAGGAGCCGCCCAUGGCCCAGAAAAAGGAGGUGUACGACUGGUACCCUCAACACAAGAUCUACUAUGCCCUUACGCAGAAGCUACGAUACAUGGGACUCUUCAGAGAUGAACACGAGGACUUCAAGGAGGAGAUGCGUCGGCUGAGGAAACUGAGAGGCAAAGGGAAACCCAAGAAGGGCGAGGGAAAGAGAGCCACCAAGAAGAAAUGAGCACUUCCUUUCCCUGUCCUAUAGGACCUGUGGAUAAACCCAGCCCUGUCCUAUAGGACCUGUGGAUAAACCCAGCCCUGCCCUGUCCUAUAGGACCUGUGGAUAAACCCAGCCCUGUCAUAUAGGACCUGUGGAUAAACCCAGCCCUGCCCUGUCCUAUAGGACCUGUGGAUAAACCCUGCCCUGUCCUAUAGGACCUGUGGAUAAACCCAGCCCUGCCCUGUCCUAUAGGACCUGUGGAUAAACCCAGCCCUGUCCUAUAGGACCUGUGGAUAAACCCAGCCCUGCCCUGUCCUAUAGGACCUGUGGAUAAACCCUGCCCUGUCCUAUAGGACCUGUGGAU